UUCCAAAGAACAUGCCCGAGACCCAGGAUUUUCCACUUUUCUCUUCUUCGCGAUCGCAGAAAAAGAAGAAACAAAAUACGUCAGCAGAAACAACCUCGGCCUCGGCCUCGACCUCGGUAGAGCAAACGGACCCAGUUUUGAAUGAAAUACGAUCACUAAGUACCCAAUUGGGGAAUAUAGAUGGACGUUUCGACACUAUUGAAAGUCGUCUCGAUGCUAUAUCGAAUUCGGUAUCUGUCGUUCACGAAACUUUAUCUAAUUUGUCACAAAGAGUGUCUUCAAUUGACUCUCGUGUUACGGAAACCGAAAAUAGGAUCUCUACCACAGAAGACGCUCUGCAGACCCGCGAAAGGGAACUAUCUACUUUGACGAAAACAGUGACUCGACUUCAAGCUAAAGUGGACGACUUAGAAAACCGAGGAAGACGUAAAAAUCUGCGAGUCGUCGGUUUACCCGAGAAAGCGGAGGGCUCUACCCCGCUAGCUCAAUUCCUGAUGGAAAUGAUACCAAAAUGGCUCGACCUUUCUUUUGAUCCCAGGCUGGAGAUUGAGAGAGCGCACCGAUCACUUGGACCUGUUCCAGGAGGCAGUGACCCACCACGAAGCGUACUUGUCAGAUUUCUACGCUACGCGGAUAAAGAGCGCAUUAUACAAGCAGCGCUGAAAAAAAGGUAUAUUACUCACGAAGGCAAACAGGUGCGCUUCUUUCAAGAUCUAUCGGUGGAGGUGAUGAGGAAAAGAAAAGAAUUCGAUACUGUGAGGAAGAUUCUGAUAGAUCGCAAAAUGUUCCGUGGAUUUGCGUACCCGGCCAAGCUGCGCUGUCUUUUCGGCUCGGAACUUCGUACGUUUAACACUCCGGCCGCGGUGGAGGAGUUCAUUGAGACUUUGCAAGAUAAGUGAGGGAGACGGAAUUCUUAAUUAUUCUUUCAUCUGAGUUAUAUUUGGAGGAGUAGUGACUUUAUUUCAUCCGGAUUCUCAUACGCCAUUUCUAUUUUGAAUGACAGAUGUGACUGUUAAUUCAUAUAACAGACUAAUCAUUUUUUCCUGUCAUUUUUGUUUCAAUGAAAACAAAUGUUUCAUUUUUUUUUCAACUUUUUUUUUCUCUUCUCGCUGUAUGGGUAGUCCGAGAUUAUAUUUGUUUUAUUGGAGCGGAUUAAUGUGAGAUUAUGGCCAAUGCUAAAGAUGCAGUGACAGGAGCCAAGGAGGCUGUCAGCGGGACUGUGAGCGGUGCCAAGGAUUCUGUCUCCUUCACCCUAAAUGAUGUGAUGGACCGAACACGCGGGGCAGUGCAGGGCAGCGUGGAGAAGACCAAGACUGUGGUCAGCGGUGGAGUCCAGACAGUGAUGGACAGCAGGAUGCUCAAACUGGUGUCCAGCAGAGUGGACAAUGCACUGAGCACAUCUGAGACGCUGCUGGAGCACUACUUGCCUGAAAAUGAGGAGGAAAAAGAAGGUGAAGAGAGGAAUACUGAAGGAUUGGAAAAUGACAGCGAUUUGGCCAAUUAUUAUGUCCGACUGGGCUCUCUGUCCAUUAAAGUCAGAGACAGGACUUAUCAGAGAGCCGUGGAGAAAGUUCGUCAUGCCGUGCAGCGCGGACAGGAGUCCAUUUCACAGCUUAACCACACAAUGGAUAUAAUCGAAUUUACCAGGAAGAAUAUUGAUGGGUCUAACCAGAAGCUGCAGGAGAAACUGGGUUCACUAAUGGGCUGGAAGAGCGUUUCUCAAAGCCAAGAAACAGAGAGCGAAACAGACAGUGAAGCUGAGCAAAUUGAGUCGCGCACACUGACCAUCGCCCACAGCCUCAGCCAGCAGCUUCAGAGCACAUGUGUGGUGCUGGUGUCCAGUCUCAGGGGUCUCCCUCAGCACGUCCAGCUCCAGGUGGGCUCCGUCAGCCGCUCCGCAUUGGAGAUCUACAGCAGCUUCAGUAAAGCGGCCGUGCUGGGGGAUCUGUCCAGCACCGUCCUGUCCUCCAGCCGCUCACAGCUCAGCAGAAUCACAGAGUCCAUGGACAACGUGAUGGACUACCUGCUCAACAACACUCCUCUCAACUGGCUGGUCGGACCGUUUUACCCACGUGUGGAGCGCGCCGUUGAAAACGAGGCCAAAUGUAGCAAACAGAGGACCCUUCAAGUCACUGAAUGAAGCUUAAUCGAAUAUUAAAAUCCUGUCAUUAUUGAGUCACCUGAUUUGUUUUCUGAACACAAAAGACGUUAUUUUAAUAAUGUUGUAAACCGGUAGACAUUGACCUCCAUUUUGUUUCCCUACACACAAAGUCAUGACAGCAAAUGUUUCUAUGUUCCUUUAACUUAUCUUAAUACGUUAAUCAAGUUGUGACACAGUGGCUCAGUGGUUAGCACUGUCGCCUUACAGCAAGAAGGUCACUGAUUUGAGUCCAGGCUGGGUCAGUUGGCAUUUCUGUGUGGGGUUUGCAUAUUC